UUAUUCAUAUUUAUGCAGAAAUAUCAGCAAAUGUAAAAUAUUUAGAGGUAAAUUGUUUUUAUAUUCCAUUAUAUUUAUCUAUUUUUUUCUAGUUAGGUAACUGUCAAAAUAAGUUAUAAAUAUAAGUAAACAGUUGAUAGUCUUCAAAAAAGAUAUUGUAAACACGAUUUGAAACAUUUUAUUUUAAAGCAGAAAGACAAUGAACCUAAUUCAAUCAAAAAUAUUAUCUUCAAUAAUUCUUGGACUAUCCAGUAUUUUUGUGGGUAUAUUACCCAACUGUAUCGCUCAACAAGGGAGAAGACAGUGGCCCCUAUUUUUGUCUAGUCUCUUAUGCUUUGGUGGUGGAGUCCUACUGUCAACAUCUUUGGUGCACAUCUUGCCAGAAUUAAGAGAGUCAAUACCCGAGUAUUAUCAAGGAUAUACAGAAAUUGUAUACUGUUUGGGAUUUUUUAUUUUGUACAUAAUAGACGAGAUAGUUCAUUUUUUAUAUGGGGGUACAGAGGAGGCAAAUAUCCUACAUAACCACGGUCUCCAUAAUGCGCCUCAACAAAAUAAUAGCAGACGCCAUUCGGAAGCUCCAAACCCACCUGUAAUUUACGGAGCUACAGAAAGACGGUCUCUGUUGCUUACAGACAAACAGAUGGCAUAUAAUCCAUCUUUCUACAAGGCUCAGAGUGACAGUGCACUCUUUUGUGAACAACCACCUUCGCAGCUAUGCCAUGUGGGACAUCAGGAACCUUGUCAUGCAGCUCCUACAUCUAAUAUUGGACUUCUAGCUGCUCUUUCAGUUCAUGCUUUACUUGAAGGAUUAGUUGUUGGACUGGAGACAAAACCCGAUAAGGUUUUACUUCUUCUAGGAGCCAUAGCCUCUCAUAAGUUGGUGGUAUCUUUUUGUUUGGGUAUGGAAUUAGCGUCAAAUUCCUCAUACACGUUCCUGAGGAAUUUUGUUUGCAUUCUGAUAUUUUCUGCAGGAUCAGUAGCUGGUAUUAUUAUAGGCAUGGUGAUUUAUGACGUACCUGGUGGAGUAAAAAAUAUUGCCAUACCAAUAUUACAGGCUCUAUCAGGUGGAACUUUAUUAUAUGUCACUGUUAGUGAAGUACUUCCCCGAGAACGUGCUAGAUGGCACCAACAACAUGAGAAGAAAGCAGCAGGACUACUUCAAUUUUUUUCAGUUUUUCUUGGAUUCUUUCUUAUGACAGGUUUAAAUAAUUAUUUAGAUUAUGACGGAUAAUACAUGCUUUAUUGCUGCCGAUAGGAAGACAAAACAUUUUUAUGAAAUUGUUUUUAUUUUUUACAACCAUUCUUAUAUUAGGUUUAAUGUACAAUAACAUUGUAUAAGACUAUGCAAUAAACAUUAUUUGUUCUAUAUGAAUAAUAAGAU